AUAGGUUACCCUGCCCUGCCUCGGGCAACAACACAAGCGCGCACGACGUGCACGCAGGCACACCUCGGGUAUUUGUUUACGCUCUGUGUGUUUUCACUUCAUAUUAGCGUGUGUCCUAUUUUGUUAGGGACAGGGCAGUGAGUUCCUAGUUUAAUUUUUGUUUUUAAUAUAAACAGCAGGAAAAACUGUUUUUUGUUUGGUUUAAAAAAAACAGAUUUAAGACAUGUGUGUUCCCUCUAAACUGUGAAUGUGUGCAAGAUAGUUUGAUGAUUUAUGACUUAUUAUUUAUGACAUUCGAUAUAACAGCAUAUCCGAUCGCUUAUCAGUCCGGAAGACAGGCUCGAGCUGCAAAGUUUCGGACCAUAAUUAUAUUAGAUGCAUUAACGCUACUGUUAGUAAACGGAUAUUUAUCUCCUCGUGCCUGUGCUCAUUCUCUCCAUACAUUUUGUGCAUUAAUCACGUUUCAACAACCAGGUCAAAAGUGUUUGGACUACAUCGCUAUAGGGACAGCUGCGAUAGAUAGCUGCUCUAACACAGAGAAGGUCUAAUUACCGGACUUUGUGCUGGUGCAGGCUACACGUGAGUCGGAAGCUGUUCCCUACCGGAGGCGCGCGUGCGCUCUAACCACAGCACCGACGGCUUUGCAAAGUGGCAGCUCAGGGAACUAUAGACAUCAGUCUGAAGCGCAGCUCCACUGGAGGACACGCACUGUGCAUCAUCUCCCUCAGCCAGCCCGUGUGCGUAUGUGUGUGUGUGAAUCGUGGAAUAACAAACAUUCCCCAAAGAAGCUCAGGAGCAGGAUAACCAGCAGCGGAGAAGUGAUGGAUGAAAGAAUACCGCAUUUACAGGACAGGCAGUUCAUGGAGCACGCAGAUUUCUUAGGGGUGGACUACCCUUCUCUCUACAUGUGCAAAUCCAAAAGAGGAAUAAAACGAGAGGAUGGUGGGAAGGACGCAUACAAGUUACCACACCGGUUGAUAGAAAAGAAGAGGAGAGACAGAAUCAACGAAUGUAUUGGCCAGCUGAAGGAUUUGUUACCCGAACAUCUGAAGCUAUCGACGCUCGGGCAUUUGGAGAAAGCAGUUGUCCUGGAGUUAACGCUGAAACAUUUAAACGCACUGACUGCUGUCACUGAGCAGCAGCACCAGAAGAUUAUCGCUUUGCAGAAUGGGGACCGGUCGAUCAAAUCUUCCAUUCAUGCAGACCUGGACGCGUUCCACUCCGGGUUCCAGGCCUGUGCUAAAGAGGUCCUGCAGUACCUGAGUCAGUUUGAGAACUGGACGACACGAGAGCAGAGGUGCGCGCAGCUCAUCAACCACCUUCACAAGGUGUUGGCGCAGUUCCAGCCUGGCGCGCCGCCGCUCCAGCACCAGCUACCCUCCGGGGACGCACAGGAUGGGCAGAAAGCCGACAGCCAAGCCAACUGUGUCCCGGUCAUUCAGAGGACCCAAGGCGGGGAGCUUAACGAGAAUGACACAGACACUGACAGUGGAUACGGAGGCGAGGCGGAAAAGAGCGACGGCAAAGAUAAAGAAUGUGAGCGCAAGGCGCAGGGACCCAAGGCAGUGAAGAUCAAGCAAGAGUUUGGAGAUGAUCGCGCUGCCAAGAAACCAAAGAUGAACUGGCAUGGGAACGGGACAGGGGCCACGGACAGCAGCAGACCCGAUCUGGCGUUUAUGAACUCUCUGAUGGGAAUAAGCAAUGUGGGACAGCAGACACCUAUUUGCAUGCCUUUCUACUUCAUCAACCCCUCAGCCGCGGCGUCUUAUAUGCCUUUUUUCGAUAAGAGCAACAUUGAAAAGUACAUGUACCCCGCGGCAGCCGCUCUCGCGUCCCCUUUCCCCUGGCUUUACCCCGCGCACGCGUCAGCAGCGGCGGCCGCGGCUGCUGCUGCCGCUCUUCCCGGCCUGUCUGUGCACUUUGGAGCCAACUCUCAGCCCAAGGACUGCCACAGUCCAGACAGCGACGAGUCACACGAGGCUGAGUUGGGCUCACCUGAGGAGCGCGAGGAAAGUCCCGCGAGUGACGAAGGGGAGGAUGACGUAGCUGAGACCUCCCAGGAGAGCCAGAAAAACCCACAAGAUCAGUUUUGUGCUUCUCAAACGAGCUAAUUUGUCCGUGUUACCUUUCCGUGCAUUCUGCUGAGGAGUUUAUGUAUUUCAUUUUUUUAUUUUUAAAUUAGGCUAGUUUUCAAACGAGGUUUCACAGAAGAGUUUCUCAUGUACAAUAUCUUGAAACAGGGGACAGUUGUGACGGCGUGUGCCUUUUGCACUUAUGCUAGAUUAAUCAAUCUUAAUGAUUAUCGACAAUGAUUGACAUUAAUACACGGCUGUGUUGUGCUGGAGUUAGUUUUUUAUCCUCUUUGAUAAAAUAUUUUGAAGUGGCAGCAUUGGUGCCAAAACUUUGAGUACAACAGUGCGCAAUAUCCCAAUCAGCGAGUCUCUUUGGAUGUAUCGAGUUGCAACUGACCUCUGCCAAGGUUAUAAGAGCCUGGCUGACUCUGACUGUAAAUAUUAUUACCUGGAAGACUGUCUGAUUCAUUAAUAUGUAAAUGUGGGCCUAUAAAAGAAGUGCCCCCCGGAAGUGUAACGCCCACAGUACCUCAUCCCCACCUGUGCAUGGGGUAGGCACAUCACUGUCCCGAAGAAGAGAAGAAAUUAAUAGUAACCCUCCCAGCCCACACAUGCCCAUCAUUAACAGUCCAUACAAGAAACUUUACACAUUGAUAAUAAUUCAAUUAUGGGAGAGGUCUGACUCAUUUUUACAGAUCUACGUUUACUCUAAUUUCCUUGUUUGUUCUUGUGAGGAAAGAAAAAAAACAAUCAUUCAGAAUAAUGGAAAGAAGAAUCCCUUCAUUUACAAGGGGCUGCUUGAUCAGCAUAUUGUACCACCCCCUGAAUGAAGCAUUUCAGCACAGAGAUGCAGUGACCUCCUGUACCGCCAGGAAACAUUGUAGGAUAGCACCUUAUAGAUCUUUGAUAUUGAAUGUACCUGUAUUUUCCCAGCUGUUAAAGUUUGUAUGUAGGAUGAUCUUUACUCUUUGAGACGUAAAGUGCACUUUUUUCUGCUUUUUCCCAAAAGCCACCUCAUCAUUUUGACAGUCAAUCACUGUAGUUCUCUAAGACCCCUUUUCAUUGUGUUGGGUUGUCUUGAAAUAAAAAUAUAAAAUUUCAUUUGAAAAGCGAGCGAUACCACAUACUUUGUGAUGAUUUCAUGCAGUAAAGUGGUGCAGUAAAGUUAUUUACCAGAUUUAACAAAACUGGCUCAAAAUGAUUCAAAUCAUAAUCAGAUUUGAAAACCCCGCACCCCACUUCACACCAGACUACCCCCAAUUCUGUGUUAUAUGCUAUCAUUAUGUAUAAACCUUGCUUUUUUAAAAAUAUUUGACAAAAGUGAGAAAGAAGCUGUGGUCAUGUGACCAUCACAGUUCUAGGAACUUGAUCUUGGCCUGUUUUCUAAGAGAUUAAUUCCUGCAAGUGUAGUGUUGUUCAGCUUUUUUAAGUUUCACACGUGACUGAAUAAACAGAUGAUUUUCAUUGUAUUUUGCAUACAUGACAUUGCUUUUGUAGUUUACUUAAGCUGGUUUUGCCUCAAAUCUGUUAUCAACUGUUAUAUAAAGUGGCAUGUGUGUCUGUAAAUAGUUUUUUUUUGUGAAUAUACCAUAAAGUAUACAUGUCUAUGUCAAUGUUGUAGAAGUCUAUGGAUUCUUUUUUAAAGAUUUAACUGAGCAACUGUUGCACAUUUCGUUAAUGCUUUACACAUAUGCUGUUCUAAAUUAUUGCUGAUGAGUUGUAAAAUAAAUAUCAAAACUAAACUUUU